AUGAAUGAUCGCUGCUUAACAAGUAGUACUGUUCCUUCGAACAUAUCUACCUACACUCUGAACCCAAAACCAUCAACAAGAGUCGUGGCCGGUGUCACCAUCCCAGACACACCACUCAUACGCAAAGCAAUUGAAUACGCUCAAACCAAUCUCACCGAGUUCAUGUUAAACCACAUCAUGCGCUCCUUCCUUUUCGGUCAAAUCAUCGCAGACGGUCUACCCUCGCUGCAAAGUCGAGAUACCGAACUUCACGCCGUUGCAGCCAUACUCCACGAUCUAGGCUGGUCCCAGAACAAAGACCUCAUAUCCAAAGACAAACGCUUCGAAAUCGACGGCGUAAACGCGGCGCGCGCCUUUUUAAUGGAAGAAGGGAGGAAAGAGGAAUGGGAUGUUCAUCGUCUUCAACUGGCAUGGGACUGCAUUGCACUCCACACCACACCGUCUAUUGGGUUACAUAAAGAGGUUGAGGUUCAGGCUUGCGGAAUUGGGAUCUUUGAGGAUUUUCAAGGUCCUGAGAGGAGCAUUGGAGGUGUUUUGACACGCAAGGAAUGGGAUGUUGUUAAUAAGGAGCUUCCCAGAGCUGGGUUUCGUGAUGGUGUUAAAGAGGUCAUGUGUCAGCUUUGUAUUGAUAAGCCGGAGACGACAUAUGAUAAUUUUGUUGCUGAGUUUGGAAUGGCUUUUGUGCCGGGUUAUAAACCGACUACAUUUUUGGAUGGGAUUUGGGCGAAAUCUGAGGGUUGA